AAAAAAAAAAAGAAAGAAAAAAAGCUCCAAUGAAAUAUUAAACACCAUGAUGCCAUCAAUCUGGCUCACACUGAAUUACGAUCGACGUUUUUGCAAUUCGCAGUGGGGCUUCCGUUCGCAAGUUUACUUUGGAAUAUUUAUCCCCGAUGCCUCCAAAUGUCCAAGAUUGAGAUGUAGGGCAACUGGAACUUUUCUUAGAUGUUUGAACGUUAAAUGUCCACGACGUUUACAAAACUUUACAUUCGCCUCCCGUUCACGGAGGUCUCUCAGGUUUGUUUUCAACAAAUCAGUACUCAGUCUCGCUCGGCCAAAUUUUUUAACCGGGGCGAUCAUAGAAACUCGGUACCAGGCCUCACCGCUUGCCCCCCCCCCUCCCCUACCCCCGCGCCUACCCGCGUUGAGUUGUGCAGUAUUUAUUUAUUUUCAUUUUGCCCAUCCGUUUAGUUUCAUGAGCGAAUUAUGCAAAACCAAUGUCACCCCCCAAGCAUGCAACCCCACCCAUAGACACACUUUACUUUUAUGAUUCUUUUUUCUUAAGAACAAUUAUUGAACUGUCAUUCAAAGCUUUGAGAUACGAGAUACCUUACAGGAGAUACGAGAUAUGUUUUUUUUUUUUCCUUUUUCUUUCUUUCUUUUUUAUUUAUUUAUUUAUUUAUUAAUUAAUUCAUUUUUUUUUUUUUCAGUAUUCACCUGACUGAUGUCUUGUAAUUUUAUCGCAGAUAAAAGAACACCAACGACGAGCUAUCCCGCGGGGCAAAAAAUAUUUUUACCAAUCGCAAUCGUCGUAGGAGUACUUAUUCUCUUUAUAUUGACUGUUUUCGCCACCGUUUUUUCGCUAAGACGGUUGAACUCCAAUGCUCGAACACGGAGCUUGGACACGGAGGAAAAUAUUGGAUUCGUAAAUCUUGCAUAUCAGCAACCGAGGAACCUUCCAGACGACAAACCUCAAAUGAAAGUCAAGAUUGAAAACGAGUUGAAUGCGCUUGAUUCACCAAAUUCUAAAAACGAACCUUUACGCAAUUGCCCUCCCACGGCAUUUUCAAAAUACAUCAAAAAAAUGGAGGCCACAUCAACUUGUACUGUUGGGGAGAUUUUUGGUCAAGGUUGCUCAAACUGGGAGAGAGUACCCAACGAAUGUGAAGAACGCGUGGAGUUGGCGGAAAAGGAAUGCUUUUCUGACUCGAGGCCAGGGAGGGUGAGGCCCUUCAGAAUGUACAAAGACAACAGAAUGAUCACAGUGAAACUCACUUACCUUGAAGAAGGCUGGAACUUCCACAAUACUGACGAUGCACAGAUAUGCAAAUCCGAGAAAGCUGGAUGUGGAUUUCGGUCUACAGAGGCUUGCGAUUUUCUCGUUAAACCAGAAGACGGUCUAGAUUUUAACGGGUUCUCUUGUCGGGUAAAGUUUCAACAGAAAGAUGACGACGAGGAACACUCCUUUUAUCUGAAUCCAGGAUUUACGACUUUGAGGCAGCAGAGUAUCCGACGACGCUCAGCAAAAGGCGGCCAAACAGACCCAGCCACUGGUACUUUGCAAUACGAAGAUUCCGUUGACUGGGAUAACUAUGUCUCGUCAUUGGGUAGGGAGCCAGUAACAGAUGAACUCAUUUAUCAAAUCAGCCCCGAUGUUGGACGCGACUGGAAAAACCUUCUGCGAAUAAUGUCUCUGAAGGAGAAGGUCAUUGAAAAUUUGAGCGAGGAUCACAAGUAUGACAAAAUUACCGAACAGUGCAUCCAGGGCCUCCUCAAAUGGAAAGAGCUUGACCCUCAGUUAGCAACCAUUAAAAAUCUAGCUAUUGCUCUCCAUCACACGAAUUGUUUCGAUGCACUUCAGACGUUGCAGAAACAACAAAGAGCCAAGCAUCAGUGAAUGUAGAACUAUUGGAACAUGAACAGAUCUCAUAAUCAAGAAAUUUCGUUAAACACGUGUAAGAGACAAUUGUAGUAGUCCCCUUUAUUGUGCAACGGCAAACGUUAGGUAGUUGUUAGCCUAGCCCCUCCAUUUUCUCGUGGUUCGCCGCUAGCAUGAGAAGUGCAAUUGCUUUUUUGUUACAUUAGCCUAGUUCUUGCACUUCCUGCUUUUCGGGUGAGAAAUACCUGGAUGAAUUUCCAGAGAAUGUUCUUUGUAGGUGACGUCGUCGAUUAAUUAAGGUAGAACUCAGGCUCCUUUGUAAAGCAGCCCGGUGUGAUAGCCAAGGUAUACAAGCUAACACAUAAGUGCAUGGUUUUUACAGGAAAUUUCUUUUUCACUUGUGGAACAGAUAUUCAACUGUGUGUACCUCGAUAAAGCAAGUGAUAAAACGGUAAUACCUCAGAAUUUCAUAGCCGAGUACCUGAAGAAAACUCUACCUCAAGAAAUCAAAGGGUCACGAUUUCUUUCUGAGAAAAAAGUUUACAAUAAGGUACAAUGUAAACGUACAUGUAUAGAGGGGAACAAAGUUUGUCCGAGCAACCAAUAUCAAUUGAGAGGCAAUGUUUGAUUAGUGACCGUAAGCUGUCUAUUAGCCUAGGCCUUAUAUCAACUUGUCAAUUUUGUAGUAGACUGGGGAAAGUUAUUACUAGUAAAUAUCCCUUAGGUCUAUUAUCAGAAAACAACUCUUAAAAAGGUUAGUCGUUCUUAGAUUGUUGAAUAUGCCAUAUUGAAUCUCACUUAUGGUGUAUUUUUGCUUGUUUGUUUGUUUGUUUGUUUUUUUUUUUUGACGUCCUUUAACUGUCCUUAUAUGAAACUGCCAAUUUUGUAGUAACGUAAUGCUACCAGAGGUAACGCUUGUAUUCUGAACACUCUUUAAACUCUUCGAGAGCAAAAUUUGCAACAUUUUAAAGAGUAUAAUUUUGUGCUGAAAAUUUGGUGACCAUUUUUCGAUCCCUCCGAUACAAGUAUCAUUACAAUCCAUGUAAUAAACAACUAGCAACAGACUUAAGCUAAACAUUGGCUUGCACGUAAAUAAAGAGCUACGUAAACGUCCCCGAAAUGGAA